UGGAACGCAAAAGCACUUAAGUACUACCACCAUGGAUGAGGAGCAGUGCUACUACAAUGAAACCAUCGCCUUCUUCUACAACCGCAGUGAUAAACCCCUCGCUAGUGACUGGAAUACUGUCAGCCGGCUUGUAAUGGGCCUAGGCAUUACUGUGUGCAUCUUCAUCAUGCUUGCCAACCUCCUGGUAAUGGUCGCCAUCUAUGUCAACAGGAGAUUUCACUUCCCUAUUUACUACCUGAUGGCCAACCUUGCAGCUGCUGACUUCUUUGCUGGAUUGGCAUACUUCUACUUGAUGUUUAACACAGGACCAAACACAAAGCAUCUGACCGUUUCAACAUGGUUGCUGCGCCAAGGCUUGAUUGAUACAAGUCUAACAGCGUCUGUGGCCAACCUACUGGCCAUUGCUAUCGAGCGGCACAUCACUGUCUUUCGAAUGCAGCUUCACACACGUAUGAGCAACCGACGUGUGGUGGUGGUGAUUGUCAUAAUCUGGACUAUGUCCAUUGUGAUGGGGGCAAUCCCCAGCUUGGGGUGGAACUGUAUCUGUAGCCUUAAAACCUGUUCCAACAUGGCUCCUCUUUAUAGCAACUCCUACCUGGUCUUCUGGGCAGUGUUUAACCUGGUGACUUUUGUGGUCAUGGUAACACUGUAUGCCCACAUUUUUGUCUAUGUACGACAGAGAACCAUGAGGAUGUCGCGGCACAGCUCUGGACAAAGACGCAACAGAGAUACAAUGAUGUCACUGCUGAAAACCGUGGCCAUUGUGUUGGGUGCGUUUAUCAUCUGUUGGACACCCGGCUUGGUUAUCCUACUCCUCGACGUCUUCUGCUCCCACUGCACCGUCCUCACCUAUGAGAAGUUCUUUCUACUCAUCGCAGAGUUCAACUCGGCCAUGAAUCCCAUCAUCUACUCCUACCGUGACAAGGAGAUGAGCGCCACCUUCAGGCAGAUCUUGUGCUGCCAGCGGCAGGAAAACAUCAACGGGACGGCGGCGGCGGACGGAUCUGACCGGUCUGCGUCUUCCAUCAACCAUACGGUGCUGGGCACUGGCGGCAUACUUCAACACCAUCACCACAACAAUGAACACUCGGUGGUAUAAAAAUACAAGAAGGAAGCAAAAUGUUUUGAACAUACUGACUUAAAAAUGAUAAAUGGUCAAAAGGGAUUCGGAGCAUGGCGUCGACUGAAAACUGUGGUGUACAUUUGUGACUAAAAACAGGUGAUUAUGAAGAAGCGAAGAGCGACUAUGAUGAAAGAUGAAGACUUCAUCUGUUUAAAAAAGAA